AUGGUUACUUUUACAACUGAUUAUUGGGCUCCAGCUCUGGAUAGUAAGGCUCGUCGUCGUGUACCGGAAUCUGAAGCAAGAAAGGUUCUCCUAGUUUCCAGAAAACCUCCUAAAAGAAAUAUAAGCUUACCUGUCGUUAGUUCCACUAGUCCAACUCAACCUGCAUUCUUUUUAAAACCAAAUGAAACUGAAGAUAUUUCAUUUUCAACUAAUUCUGUCACUACUACUCCGUCAACUGAUGAGAUUAAUAAAUCAUUUGAAACUGAUUAUCAAUUUAAAGCUAGUACAAAUGGAAUUUCUACAAAUGGAACUUCUACUCCAAAUGGAACUUCUACUCCAAAUGGAACUUUUACGCCAAAUGGAAUUUCUACUGCUAAUGUAAUCACUGUAAAUGGUAGCUCUUCUGAACCAAAAAAGAUUACUUUUGUUCGGAGUAUUCAAAAACUCUUAAUUCAUGAAUCAAAAUCUCCUGUUUCAUCUCCUCUUGGUUCUCCAGAACAAGAAAAAGAAGAAUUUAAUUUUAAUUCUACUUCUGAUCAUAAAUCAAUGUUAAAAGAUAUUCUUAAUCCAAAAUUGGAACUUGAAGAAAAGCAAUCUCAACGUAGUGACUCUGGUAGUGACAAUGGUAAAACGGUUGAUCCGGAAUCUGUUUUAAUAAAAAAAUACGGAGUUUGUGAUAAAGGUUGUAUCGGUAAAGGUGCUACUGCCGUCGAAUUUAGAAAGCGAAGAAAGAACGAAUCUGAAAAAGAUUAUGUAAAGAAAUUAACUAGCGAAUUCUGUAUAAGUUCUACAUUACAACAUGUUAAUGUUGUAAAGACUGUAGAUCUAGUUCAAGAUGAAAAUCAAAAUUGGUGCGAGGUUAUGGAAUAUUGCGCUGGUGGUGAUCUAUAUACUGCUAUAAAGGCUGGUCAUAUGACUUCUAUUGAGAUAGAUUGUUGUUUUAAACAACUUAUUAUGGGUGUUGGUUAUCUCCAUUCAAUGGGUGUUGCUCAUAGGGACAUAAAACCUGAAAAUUUAUUGCUUGAUGUAAAUGGUCAUUUGAAAAUCACCGAUUUUGGUGUAUCCGAUGUCUUUAGAACAUGUUGGGAAGAAGCUGCUCACAUGUCAAAAGGUCUUUGUGAAUAUGAUGCUCGACUUGUUGAUGUUUGGGCAUGCGGUAUCGUAUAUUACUGCAUGAUAUAUCAAGGUAUCCCAUUCCGGAUGGCAACUCCAACGGAUCCAAAUUAUACAAACUACCUAGAAACGAAAAACCAAGGUUUAUAUGAACCAUUUGAGAAACUUCCUUCUGGUUGUCGGGAUUUGAUGUAUCAUAUUUUAGAACCUGACUCCAAAAGACGUAUCACUAUCGAAUCAAUCAAACUUGAUACAUGGUUCCAAAUGAUCGAAUGUUGUGCAGAAGAAACAUGUAAUCUAACGAAAAAGCAUAACCAUGUACCGCCAGAUUGUUUGAAAGAAUCUUUAAAUAAUCCUGUUAAAAAGUAA